AUGGAACCUGAAGCCGUCAAGACGAUAAAGGUGGCAGGGCUCGGUCGGCCCUUCAGCCUUGGGAUGCUGUACGACUGUCGCCAAGACUCCCUGAUCCCUGGCAUGACAUUGUGGGACCCUGAUGCCCUGGAGAAGGAUGCACGAGAAAGACCCCAACCCAACAGUGAAUUUGAGAUAGUUGCAUCUGAAUCGAUUGAGGACAAAUCUUCAGCAUUAAAUGUCCAAGCAUCCCUGAAGGCAAGUUUCUUGGCUGGACUGGUAGAGGUUGGGGGGUCUGCCAAAUACCUAAAUGACUGUAAGAUUUCCAAAAAUCAGGCCAGAAUGACACUCAAAUACAAAACUACAACCAAGUACCAGGAGCUGUCAAUGAGACAUCUUGGAAGAGACAAUGUGAAGCAUCCGUAUGUUUUUGAAAAAGGAAUAGCAACACAUGUAGUCAAAGGUAUCCUUUAUGGGGCACAAGCCUUCUUUGUAUUUGACCGUGAGGUGUCUGAAAAGGAGGAUUAUCAAGACAUUGAAGGCAGUCUGAAGAUGAUGAUUGAGCAGAUUCCGGGCCUUGUAGUACAAGGUGAACCUUCCUGGCAAAAGACAAAUGUUCAAAACUUCUCCUGCAAAUUCCACGGUGACUUUAAUCUUCAGAGGCAUCCUGUGUCCUUUCAGGAUGCAGCUGAAAUCUACCAGAGUCUACCAACAUUACUGGGAACAAAUGGAGAAAAUGCUGUGCCAGUGAAGGUCUGGCUGAUGCCCCUGAAAAUUUUAGAUUCUGCUGCAGCUCAACUUGUCCGUCAGAUAAGUAUUAGAUUAGUGAUGGAGGCACAGAGUGUCUUGGAGGACUUCAGUGAGCUGGAAAUGAGGUGCAAUGAUGCAAUAAAAAACAGCACAACCCAACAAUUCCCACAGAUUGGCAAAAAGCUAAAAACCUUUAAAGAAUUGCUCUCUGAGUACAAGCUGGAAUUCCAGAGGACCCUGGCAAAGAAACUUCCAUCAAUCCGUGGAGGUGGGGAAGAGGAGGCUGUGAUUGCAGAGGUGUUGAAAAAGAGACAUUCUUCUCCAUUCAACAGCAAAAACCUGAGUGAGUGGAUGAAUUGUAAAGAAAGAGAAAUAAACAUCUUAGAAGCACUCAGCGCUGAGCAUGCUGCGUGCUUUGCUUUCACCUCACUGGAGGAUGAUGAACCAUACCUCUCAGAUUUAUCAAAAUACUUAAAGGAAACACCAGCGAGUCCUAAAUAA